AGAUGGGUAAUUGGAUGGAAAAAUCAUAUAAUUUCUCGGAUUCAUCUUAAGUUAUAUAUAAAGGGGAAUAUUAAUAUGGGAAAAAGAUUGGUAGAUGGGACAUUUAGUGCAGAAAAAAAAUCGAUUAACCAUUCAAAAUAAUGUAAAAUAUAAUAUCAUCUAAAUAUAGUGGUGGAGGAUUAUAUAAUGAAAAAGGAGAUGUAAAAAUAGGUUAUUGGGAGGAAAUUUCAGAUAAAUUUCGGGACUUCUCUUAAAUAAUCUACAAAGGAGAUUAUAUAAAUGGAUAAAAAAUUGGAAGAUGGAAUAUUGAGUAUAGGAAAGACUUUGAUGAACCAUUCAAAAAAAUGUAACUAAAAUGAUAUAACAUGAUA